AUGUCGAGCUCUCCUCCGGCUAGACCGUGCUGCGUCUGCUUCCGAUUCAGACCACGUGAGUUUCACUUCAACUUCAGUAUACUUCUACCAGCCACGUGGCGCCGCCACUUUGUUUUCUCCUCUAAAGAAGGUCGACUCGGAAAUAAGACUCUGGCCAAUCAGUGACAAUAUUUGCCGUUAAUAAACCGGCGAGUCCGUCGCAAAGUGACCGGCCGAACGGGCACAUUCUGAACCAUUAGGAGGGGACCACUAGAGACUGUGAAGGACCUAGAGAACAUCUGCAAAAAAUAAAUGAAUACGAAUUCUUUGCAGACGAGGACGAGAAAGCGCAGAAGAACACAUUCACCAGAUGGAUCAACUUUCAUCUUGAAGAGGUUUGCACUGCUUUUACAAAAACUGUAACUCUGUUCGUCUUGAUUUCAGCACAGUUCGUCGGGCCGCAUAGAGGACCUGUUUGAGGACAUCCGAGAUGGCGUGCUGCUUUGCCAUCUCAUCGAAGUUCUCACCGGAGAAGCCCUCGUACGUGUUUUCUCUUUUUUUCUGCAGGCAAUCUCCCACAUAGUACUCUUUUCUGUUUGCUCUUCCAUCAUCUACACUGCAAAAAACCGUGUUGUAUGAUGAUGAUGCUGCGGCGGCCCUUCGCUAUUUUAUUGAUAAAACGGCUUAUCGACGCAGAGAUAGAGAGGGAAAAGAGAGUGCCACGUGGCAAAAGUCAUAUCCACGAAAUGAGAGCUCGACAAACACGAAUAAAGGGAGAUAGUGAUUCUUUUGAGAAAUACAAUUAGUGACACGCCGCCGUGUUUGUUUUAUUUCGGAUUGACGAGGAAGUGCGCGAUCCGCAGAGAAGCCAGACAUCGGCGGUCAGUCUAGAUGAUGAGGGGCACAGGAGACAAGAGGAAGGGUUAUCGCAGGGGCUCAUCUCAUCUUGAUCUGGUUACCAGAAGAGGGAAAUGCAGAAAAGGCACGGGAGAAAACAGAAAAGAUGAGGAGGAGGGAAGUAAUAACUGAAUGGGCUUUUGCACAAUCUACUUUGCAGGCGGUUCACAAAGGACGCGUUUCGAAGCGAGUCCACCACAUCGCCAACUUGACGACCGCGUUGACAGUGCUGCGUCGACGUGGUCUCGAGCUUAUCAACAACAACGCGGCCGACAUCGCGGACGGCAAUCCGCGCAUCGUGCUCGGCCUCGUCUGGCAGAUAAUUCUCCACUUCCAGGUGCGUUUUUCACCUUUUUUCAAAAGAUUCGUCACCGGAGGCUUUAUCUACCCUCCAAACGCACAAAUCACCCGGGGCACCCCGCUCCAAGGCCGCUUGCUUCCUUUCUGUGACUAUGAUUUAUUGGCCACCUCCUUUCGCAGUGCCGAUUCCUUUUUUGUUGGCGACGACAAAAAAGGAAAGAGAAGUAGGUGUACGCGUAUGGGAAAAGAAUGAAAAGAAAAGAAAACUGUUAUUUGAACGAUCACACUUCCUCGGAGAGAGAAAAAGAAGGGUCAUUUGUUAACGUGUCAAAUGAUACAUAAGAAAGAUAGAUUCGAAACGGAUAUUGGAGGUGAAGGCGUUGGAAAUUCAAUGGGGGAAAUAUGAAAACGAUUUUUGGGUGUCUGAGAUUUUAAAUUUUCAGAUCGAAACCAACAUGAUCCUGCUCCGUGAGUGGGGAUGGGCGGCCACAAUGACCGAGGAAGCGUCGACCUCGCGGCCAGAGGUCGUCGUCACCGCUCCGUCUCCGACUCCAUCCAAGAAAAGUAAAACAUCAUCGCUGUCCGGCAGCAAGACGUCGCUCGCCUCCGGGGAAAAGGCGCCGGCGUCUCCGCUCCGACAGAGAAUCGCUUCGUUUUUGACGCCGACCAAGAAGACGCCGAGACUGUCGACGCAGCCGGUGAAGCAGUCCGUCGAGCAGGUCUUCCUCAGAUGGAUCAACGCAGAAAUCGGAGAUCUCGUCGGAGGAAAACGUGUAGAGAACAUGGACAAGCAAUGGAGAGACGGAGUGCUCUUCUGUGCUCUCGUCUCGCGCUGGCGUCCGGACGUGAUCAGUAUGAAGGAAGUGACGAAUGCGAAUCCGAGAGACAACCUCGAGAUGGCAUUCAACCUGGCUCACCAGCAUCUCGGGAUCCGUCGUCUUCUGGCCGUUGAGGAUAUGAUGAUCGAGAAGCCGGACAAGAGAUCCGUCAUCACCUACGUCUCGCAGUUCGUCCGAAUGUUCGGAGAGAGAUCGCCGAUGCAAGGAAGAGAGCAACACGAGACUUUCUUGGCGUGGCUCGAAGCUACGUACCUGCUCUGCACCCGACACAACCUCAAUCCACAGGAGUGCGCGCGCAUCCGACGCGAAUUCAUCGAGCACCGUCCGCUUUUCAACACAAUCAUUGUGACCAAAGUGAACUAUGACGUGGAAGAACUGGUGGAAAUCGAAAAGAAAUGGGACUCGAUUCGUGAGACCCUUGAAAAGUACGCCCGUCGUUCGGAACGAGAUCUUCCGGAGCCGUUUGCCUCGAUUGCCACGUGGCUCGCCGGAGCCGAACACAUUCUGUCGAGACCAUUGGAUCUGGAUGCGCACGACGCCAAGAAGACGGUCGGAAUGCUUCAGAAGCUGAUCACGGAGCAUCAGAAAUAUCUAGAAGAUUUGCAAAAGAGAACGUCCGAUUUCGAAGAAGCCGUGAAGCACGGCGGACUCGGAGGACGUCCGGUGGUUCCUGAAUUCAGUGGGCCACUCCGAGCAAGAUUCGCACAGAUCGAAGAGGAGAAUGAGCCGCGCAUUGCCACUCUGCGCAUCUUACUUACUCACUAUAUUCUCCUACAAUACCUGCAACAGAUUGACGAGAAAAUCAUUCUUUGGAGGUGAGCCUGAAACAUUUCUGAUCCAGUCUCUUUCACUGUGUUACGUCGUGGACGUAUAAUUAUGGAUUAUUAAUCUACUUUAAUCACCUGCUAAGUUUUAUAUACAAUUUGCCAGCAUUUCGGGCUCUCCCUCCUCUAGGGGUAUGUAAUUCUGCAUGGGCUACUCACCCAGAAUAAACCGCUCUGUAGAACCCUGUCCAGCCUCUGUGUUCCUCCUCCUUGUCACUCUUCACCGGCUCUUCAGCUACUGAAGGUUCAGAGUGUAAUCCGAACAAGGUCCCAAGAAAAUAAAAAUUUGGUAAUCAGGAUGAUUUCAUUUGUUUCAGAACGGCGGAUAGUGUGACAUUGCUCCUCCGUUGGAUAAAGGAGUACACACAAUUGAACGCCGAGAACCCGCAAGCCAAGUGCGCCGCGUACAUUAAUAAGCUCACUUUGGCGAUGAACAACGAUCAGAGCAGCAAACUGGACAAGGAAGCGAUUCUGAAAACGUCGAACGAAAAAGUUUCGGAAACACUGAAGCGAUUCGAAUCAUUGUGGAUCGAACUGAAAUUGCUGAAAGUAGAAUGGGUCGAAUGGGAGACACACGUCAGCCAUUUGGAGGAGAUCGUUGAGGAGCGGCGUCGUGAAGGACGAAUGCCCACUCCGGAAGACGAACAAAUGCUGGCAGCCAUCACAGCCGGAGCAGAUCAACUGGCUCCAAAGUUGGGAGCUUCUGCACGUCUCUCCAACAACCAGAGACUCGAUGUGCUCACAAACUCUUUCAAGAAGCUCACCAAGGUAUUUUAUUCAGAUAUAAGACGUACUCAUCGAUUUCAUUCUCGUAUUUCAGACAACAAUCAAGAUCGGAGGCCGCCUUGUCGUCGAGCUCGAGCCAUCCACAUCGGAGCAGGCGUCGAAGAUCUCCUACAGUUGGCAGGCAUCUGAUGAGCUGCUGAAAGUGGAGAUGCAGCUCCGUGACCGUAUGCAAAGAGAGACGGACUCUGCCGAACGAGAACCGCUCGAGUACCGCGCGGAAGCCUUCCGCAACAUCCGUGACAAGCUCGCCGAAGUGGAACGGCUUCACGAGCUCUAUGAUAAACACAGUCGAGAUCAGGUGAGCCGGCUCUCUUUUGAAUUGCUGAGUUUCUGCUCGGAACGUGAUCUUGAUGCUCUCAAGUGCUCUGCGUCUCUCAGUCCCUCAACCAAUGUGUUCUUAUUUUUCUCUCGAAAGCGAAUUGAAAUCCCAUUGGUCCAGAGGUCGUUUUGCGACGCGUAAACAACCGUUUUAUAGUUUUUUUGUGGCGAAAAACUGACACGGACGCGAUCGAAAAAAAUGUAGAUGAGAAAAGAAAAAAGAGAAAAAAGACUGUAAGGUUGUGGUAGAAAACAACUAAAGAAGAAGGUAUUCGGGUGCGCGGUAAGGUCAAAGGAGGGUGAGAUUAUUUGCUGAUGCGAUGUGACACAUUCUUGAAGUAAGAGACCGAAAGGAACGAGUUUCAGUAUUCAGAUGUGUUGGUUCUUGAACACUUGAAUCAUCGAAUUCUGAUAAGGUUCAGGUGAUCUGUUACUUUUGACAGCCUUCUGAUUACGGUAGAUAAGAAAGAAAGCAAGUUCAAAGUAUCAUAAUUGUUUUUGUGUUAUCUUUGGAGUACCCCCGUACUUUUCUCAUUUUCCAAAAGUGACCUGACCAUAACCGGAUCAGUCAGUCCUUCGCAAUUCCGUUAUCACCAAUCAGCUAUCAUCAAUCCAUCGCCGUCUGUCACUCGGCACUCGGAAAUCGCUCCGAAUGAUGAAUAGACGUCCGUUUUUGUAUCACCGAGUGCGCCUGUUUAUGUACAUACAAACACGACUUCGCAACUGGCCGUGUUUAUCAAAACUGUUUGCAUUUCGACACCUCAAGGUCAUCCACCUCUUCUCGAUUUGCGCGUAAUUGCUGCCUGCCGGCGGUGCUUCUUUCUCUUUUUUGCUGCAGUGUAACUAGCAGGAAAUCGGACACCCCGCGAUGAUUAGUGAACUUUUUUGCGCCGCCGAUUUCGAAAUUCGCUAGAGCAAAAGCAGCAGCAGCAAAAAAGAUAGGAUAUACAUCAAAGUUGACGAAAUGAACACGGCCACCUGACGGGCAAUACUCGCGGGAGCACCCAAGAGCAUCAUGUAUCAUCCACGAGCAGAAAGUGUACAUGAAAAGGGCGAGGGAAGGACUUAACGCAAAGUUGGAACGGCCUUCAGGUGGACACUGCCGAUCGAAAUAUGCUCAGACACGACAUGGGCACGAUUAUCUACGGGCUUCAGACAGGACAAUACGCCAAUUUUGUCGAUCUCACUCAAUACGCGUUCGUCUAUGACGAGUACAAUCAGGUAGGAAACUGCGGGGAACGGAGACAAGAACCGGGAGGCCUUCUUUCAGAUACCGGUGAAUUGGACUGAAAACGUGUUGAGUGAAGACUACGUGCGGGAGAUUAUUACCCGCAAAACACGCAUUUUGGCUCGUCGCGAGCACAACGAAGACGAGAUCCGCGAGUCGAUUCGGGACAUGGAAGAGUGCGACCGCAUCAUCGAAGGAUGGCAGAGCAAAGAACUCGAAGAGCUGCGUGCCACGUGGAAUGUGAAGCUGUCCGAAUUCGAGUCUUGGCACGAAAUGAUGCGCCAAGUGGACGUGCUCUCGCAGACAAUUCAGACCCGAUUGGACGUAAUCGUCAUUCAGACCAUCUGGAUUCUGAGGGAGAGAUCCUUCGAGAUCAAGCACAGCGAGUUGGGCGCAACCCUCCGCGAAGCCCUCGAACAACUGGCGACGACGAGCGAGACGUCCGUCCACCGACACUUCCAGAACCUGGAACUGAGCAACGAGCAAGACUGUCCGGAUGCCAUUGAGUUCCUAGAGGUGAGUCUCUUUUUCCGCUCGUUACACUCCUCUUAUCUUAUCCUCCCCUCGUCCCUCUCCGUGCGUCUCCGUCUCCUCGGUUCGUCGCGAGAACUCCGAAUCUCUCCGCCGCCCGUGUGGGUUGUCGCCCGUCCUUCCUUCCCGUCGGGGGCCUGCCUGCCCGUCAAUUCACUCUCUUCUCGCCGUUGUGUUGCAUGUAUCUUUCUCCAAAAAGUGCGAACUUCUUGUUGCUUCCGAGAUGCGAACAAUGUCAACAAAACUCAUAGUUGCAAACCAAUACCCCACACAGUUCUUUCUCGACUAUUUGUUUAUUUCUUUUCUCAAUUCCGAGAUAUUCUCAGCUGCUCUGCCAAACCACAUGUCCUUCUGUUUGAUCAAAGUUCAGAUCCUUCAGUUGUUGUUCCAUUUCACUUUCACUCUCUUCCUUUAUGACUCUUUCUCUCAACGGCAAACACAAUUACUUCCGAAGAAUGCUGUCCCAUUCCGAAUACGACGUGGAAUUCAAAGUCGAAUCCAAAUUCGCAAAUUUCAAAAGAGACCCCGCUAAUCUGAUCUCGCCUGUUGGUUUCCGUCUCGCCCUCAACAAUUUGCGGUCGUUGUUCGAUCUAUUUGUGAAAAAAUUCCACUCGAAACUCAAAUUAGGCGCAAAUGAGAAACAAAGACGAAGAGGGGGAUUCCCCCCGCAAAUAUGGGUUUGGGGAGAGGGGUACUGUAGUUGUUCACGUGGUUUCGACUGAUUCGACCCAAUCUCCUACUCGAGUAAUCUUGACAGAAUCUUACUGUAUUCCGCAUCUUCGAGCUCUCUUUGUUUACACACUCAGAUUCUAGUUUCCCGUUCAUGCGCUGUCUUUUCAUUAUCAAAAUCUUAUUGUGAUUUCACAGAGACUGAAUCGAAUCCGAAUUCAUUGUCCGUUUCCCUCAAUUACCUCAGGCGUCCUUCUGAGAUUGUUGAUCGUUUCGUCCAAUUAGUCCUUCUCUCCCUCCUCCUCCACUUUUCGAAAUCUCCUCCGCUCCAAAAUCGGUCACUUUCCUCUUGUCCUUUUCUUUUUUGCCGUCCGUCCGUCUUAUCACAAUCUGAUCAAUUUGCCCCCCUCCUCCGCUCCUCCUCUUCCGAAAUUCUGUUUGUUAAUGCCCGUGUUCUUGCCCUCCACCUCCAUUUGAUUCUUCAGCUCAUUCAUUCUCUGUGCUGCUCGCUCAAUUGUGCUCACCCGUGCACGUACUGAUAUUGCGACACUUCCAAUCACCCGCUCUCUCUUUUUUUCUCUCUUGCUCUCCUCGAUCAUUUCGAGGCAUUACUUCCAAAAGGUGAUCAUGCAGACAAAAACGCCUUUUGUGUGGAGUGUCCUUCCCCCCAACUGAUGCAUAUUUAUUCUUCAUAAAAAGUCGGAAACGAAUCGAUCGAAGGGUCCUUUUGGCCGUUUAAACUAUGUCCUAUUUGCUCAUCAUUUCCCUCGCAGAAACACAAAAAAGAUGUAAAAUCAAACACGAAAGCUUCCUCUUCUUCUUCCGCCCUUUGCUCCUCAACUGCCUCCGACAAUAACCAAUAACUACCCGCUAGUUUCAUAUAUUUAACCGCCAGUAAAGUCUCAUUGCCCAUCUUGAGCACCCUUCUGUUAACCUAACCCUCCCAAUCCAAUUCUACCCAUCCCCCGCUCAUUCGUCGUUUUCAGGAGGUUGGCCGCGAAUCGGUCUCUACAUUAUCGGCGGCAGUUGACGAGCGAUACAGCUACACGCUACACGUGCUCCGAACCAAAAUGGAGCUGUUCCGACGGCUGCAAAACUUUUGCGACGCCGUCAAAUUCCUGCGCUCGCAAAACACCAAAUGGAACGCAAUCAAGAUUUCGCAGGUGAGCUCAAACUUUCGUAUGUUUGCGCGAAGGAUUACUGUAGGACGGCGGGUUGCAAAGGGGAUCAGGUGGCAGACCUGAUUAGAGCACAAAAAAGGUUUUUUGAUAGGUUGAUACUGGGGAAAACUUCUUUGACGAAUUCGAAAAUUUCAAAAUCCCAAACUAUUCCUGAAAUCCUAGACUUUCCAUUUAUCCAACACCCACGCAUUCCCUUUAUCUCUAUCCCUCGAAAAAAAGGGAGUCCCCUGUUGUUAUUUUUGCGUUGUCUGCCCCGCGAUUCGAAAAAGGCAACAAAUCACACGGGCAGAAGGACAAACGGAAGAGAGAGAGAAGAAGAGGGAGAAGAGAAAGAGAGGGCGCCACGACUGGGUAAUGUCACAAUUCGAAUGUUAAUUACCUUUGUGUAAACCGAUUCGGCUCUGAUGUUGACGAUGACAUGGGUAGCUUGAUAAUGGAGAAAACUUUGAACGAAGGGAUGGGAAAGAAGUACGGUAGCCACCAAUUGAACCAAGAAUCAUAUUCCGAAGCCCUUGUCUACCGUACUUUCUCACCCGACCUGUAACUCGCUCCACCUGCUUUUGAGCUAUCGGAGAACCACGAGUCAAAUACUACAGGCCGAGUGCAGAAAUACAACAGUUGCCCUUGAUCGUGCUGCAAACAAGAAGUAGUUCGUCAUCAUCAUCUUCUUUCUAUUCUCAAAUCAACCGAAACAACAUGUGGUUGUCCCCCCCCUCCCCCUCCUCCUCUUGCGGCCGCUCUCUUUCAUGUCACUCUCGCAAAAAUCAGCAAUUCAUCAUCUGUUGGGUUGUCCUUAUCACACGGUGUCGCAAAGGACACUUAGAACGGGGCUAAACAGAAAACAAAGUCAAUCGGAUUGGUUUCAGAUUGAUCAAGUACAGUCUGAGAUCGACACGUUGAUUAGCCGACUCGACGAGGAAUGGACUCAAGAUGCGAAUCAGUUGCGCGCCGAGCUUGCCAGCAUACACGGAAGUUUCUUCCAACUUGAGUUUGAUCGAUUGAAUGAAAAGUGGGAGAUCAACAACGAAACCAAUCACAAUAUUCCUCAAAUUCAGAUUGAACAUGCUUAUUCACGAGAAAGACAAGCUCCGCGAGUUGAUGGUGCACCGACGCCAUUACCUGACUGCCGCCAACGAACUGAUCACCGACUCGACUAUUGAUAUUACUCAACGUGCCACCUCUAGCGACCAUACUGAAGACAUUCCUCGUGCCGUAAGCUCUUCCAUGUCCACUUUUCCGCUAAACACUUAUGGAUUUCAGACCGACGAAGUAACAAAAGCCCUCGAAAUCAAAGGAGAAGAGUUGCGAAGACUCGGCGAGCUUGCCGAAAUGAACAUUACCGACCUCGUCGUCGUUGCUCUGAUUCUUUCCUUCAGACGCCGACAACUCGGAAGCGUUAGUCCAUUCCCAUCACCUCACGCCUUUUAAAUUCUCAUUUCAGGACGGAGAACCCGACGUCGAAGAGUUGAGACGUAACCUCCGCGAGAUCAUCGCCAGACCAAUCCAAGAACCGCGCGAUGUGUCUCCGGAUGCAAUUCUGGCUGACAUCCUCCGCAUGAAGGACGAGAAGAAGCGUGACGAGAAGACGAUUGACGAGAUCCAGGCGGCGACGCUGACCGAGGAACAACGGGCCAGCUUCGCCUCCUUGAUCGAAGACUUCCGUCGACGCGCCGACAGACAUCGCAUCGUUUUCGAGCGUCUCGUUCUGAUUUACCUCGACUGGUUGAGCCGUGAAUUCGACGAACUGGAAGAGGAAAUCGGAAUGACGAUCCAGACGAGCCGAGCUGACGAUCUUCGUCGCAUGAACGCAAAUGAAUGGAAUCAAUGGAAGACGGAUUUGAUCGAGAUCGAACGUCUUGUUGGGCUGGAAACUAAGAAGGCACUCAGUGCCGAACUUGCCGACCUGCACCGAAAACAGGAUUCGAUGGAAGCCCGCAUCAACAAAUACCUGACACAUUCUGCGAAGAUCAACGUCAAGCUGUCGCAAUUCGAAAAGUGGCUCAACGCCAUUGAAGACGACAUUGAACAAACGGAACGGCGAUUCGAAGAGCCCGAACGCUCGCAUCGAUUCGCUUCUUUGCUCGACGUGGCUCUUGCCAAGCAACGGCUCGUCGCCAAACUCGAACGUCUGAACGUGGCGAACAAAGAGGAAGUGCUGCGCCUCUGCGAUCGCUACCACACCAUCAUGCAAAAACUGACUCCGUUCCAGUCUGCCGUCGGCCUACCGUUGCACGUCUCCACCAAUCUGGACCGCAAUGGACCAUUCCAAUCUCAGGUUUGUCCCUUUUUCCUUCGAUUCCUUCUCACCUCGCAUAGUUUUCCAGAUUUCCGUGUCGUCAAUCGCAUCAUCUGAGUUGGAGAGACCAGAAUCCGUGAUGUCUCUGACGUCAUCAAUUGGAGUUAUUCCUACUGACGUCACAGAACUAUCACCAUUCGAAGCCAAGAUCAACAAACUGCUUCAAAAGCUUCACAUCAUUGACGAUUCGUAUUUGAAGGGCCCCAAGCCAAUCGAUGCCGUCAGAGAAGAUGUCAAGCAACUCGAGAAGUACCGUAGUCGUGGUGCUGAAAUUCUCCAGCAGCUCUCGGUCAGUCAGAUCGAAGAUGCCGAAAAGGAAGGCCUCAAACAUCGGUUCACACUGAUGCUCAACAACUACGACGAUCUUCUCGUCUCGCUCAAGAAUGAGAUUCGCGACGAAGAGGAGCUCACGGCCAAGAACCAGGAGAUCCUCACCGAGCUCUCAUCCGCCGAGCAAACCCUUCAGAACUCUCCACUUGAAGACCUCGACAUUUCCGCCGAACUCGACCGUCUUCAAAUGCAACUCGACCUCGUCAAGGUUAUGUGCAACAAGCCGCGCAAGUACGUCGAGUGUGAACUCAUCGACAGCAGUCGGGAAGGUUCACCGCAGGAGAAGAGAAGGAGAAAGAAGAAGGUGCUUGUGAUGGUCUCCAACACCAUCACAACCAUCAUUCACGUUGUGGAGGAACGUCUAGAAGCCCUCGACGCUCCACAACACCAGGCUGUCCAGCAGAAGUUGAUCACUGUGAAGGAAAAUCUUCGCGAGCUGGACACGGCCACCGUAACACCGAACCCAGCUUCCAUCUUGUCGCCAGUUGGAACCGAGAACCGAAACGAUCUGGAUGAGGUGAAACGACUGGCCGCAGAGAUCGAACGAGCAAUCGACACGGCUUCUUCGAUGUACGACGAUGCGCCGAACGAUGAGGAAACUCUAAAGUCUGCCAUCCUUCUGCUUACUGAUCAGAAAGUCACUCUCAAUCAUCUGUACGAUGUGGCUGAAAGAAUUCCAGCGGAGAAGGAGCAGGACAAGAUCGAGGCGAUCGACGUGGCAAGCUCUGUCGGCGAGAAGCUUAACAAUUUGCAGAGCGCUGUUGAAGAGGCCCAUGAAGAGCUUGCUGCGCCUGCUGCAGAACAAGCGCAAUUAGAACACCACUUUGUCCAAGUACAAGAUGUUCAAGCCGCGUCAAGUAACUGGGAAACGGACGAGUUCUCGAGACCAGCUCCAGUCCUUUCUGAAGAAAGAAUCGAGAUCAAAACGGAUCCGAGCGCCAUCGACAAGUUCGAAGUUGUUUCGGCUGAAGACCCGACUCCGAAGAUCGCCGCAUUGUUUGGACAAUUGGUGACUGCUAUUGAAGAAGCAAACUCAUUGGCGUGCGAAGGGACUGACGAUGUGAAUGCUCUUCAGACUGCCAACGACAAGAUGACCAAGCAAGACAGGACAAUCAGGAAGAUCCUCGCCAUCUUGGAUUCAGUGGACGAUCCGAACAAGCCAGAGAUCAUCGCAACAUUAGAAAACAUCAAGAAGCAAAUCGAAGACGCUCGUGAUAACAUCAACAAGCAAAUUGAUAAGCUCAAUUACGAUCAGUCGCCAGUUGUUGCUCAGAAAAAGCCGUCGAAAACACCACUGGAAGAUGUCGAGGACGCCACCCGACAAGCAUCCACGAUCAUUUCCGGUGACUUGUGUAACACUGAGAAGUUGUUGAAUGCCAGACAAGUUCUGACGAACGUGAAGCCUCAAGUGGAUGCAGUGGAAGCCAAUAUUUGGAACAACCCCGAGACUAUCGACAUUGCCCAGCCAGUUCUCGAACAAUAUGGCACAAUUGUUGCGGAUGUUGAGAAGAAACUGUCGUCGGAGGUGAGCCUGUCUGAAUCAAUUAACGAAGUUGAGCAUGAAAAUUACAGAUUGAGAUACCGACCAGUGAUCCAUCCCGCCAAGAUCUCGUUCAACAACUCCAGGACGUCAUUGCCGAGUGUGAAGACAUUGUAAUCGACACCGACAAUGUUGAAAAGUUGGAGGAAUCAAAGUCCAAACUGGAGAACGCUCGUCCGCUGCUUGACCAGAUCGGAGCCAACGCCGAAAAACUCACUGGAGAGCAGUCCCCAGAUGCUAUAGAUGCCGUUGAUGCUCUCGCUAACGUUCACCAACAAUACGAAGCUGUCAUAACUUCGAUUGAAGACCGAAUCGAUGAGGUGAAUCAGUUGUUUUAUAAUUUUUCUAUCCAAUGCUUUCAUUUCAGCUCAAAAACCCCGAGCCGGUCGGAGACGACUCUGCAGCUACCCAACAACUUUUGGACGAACUUGCGGUUAUCAACGACACGCCAGCCGAUUCCAUCGAUUUGGCAAUGCUUGAUGCGCUCGAAGACAGCUUGAACGCUCUUCCAUCCGAGCAGGCAGACCAAGUUAGAGAAAAGAUCAACGAGCUUCGUAAAAAGAAGGAAGCAGCCGAUCAAGCUGGCCAGAUUCUUGCGGAUCUCCACGCUUUCUCGGAAUUGCCAGCCAUCACUAUCGACUUGGAUUUGCUGAAAUCCGUAGAAGAUGGACUUGUUGUGUUCCCAUCUGAAGAAGCCGAGAAGAUCAGAGCGCAGAUCGCGGAGCUCCGUGAAAAGAAGGAAGCAGCCGAUCAAGCUGAACAGAUUCUUGCGGAUCUCCACGCUUUCUCGGAAUUGCCAGCCAUCACUAUCGACUUGGAUUUGCUGAAAUCCGUAGAAGAUGGACUUGCUGUGUUCCAAUCUGAAGAAGCCGAGAAGAUCAGAGCGCAGAUCGCGGAGCUCCGUGAUAAGAAGGAAGCAGCCGAUCAAGCUGAACAGAUUCUUGCGGAUCUCCACGCUUUCUCAGAAUUACCAGCCAUCACUCUCGACUUGGAUUUGCUGAAAUCCGUAGAAGAUGGACUUGCUGUGUUCCCAUCUGAAGAAGCCGAGAAGAUCAGAGCGCAGAUCGCGGAGCUCCGUGAAAAGAAGGAAUCAUCCGAUCAAGCUGAACAGAUUCUUGCGGAUCUCCACGCUUUCUCAGAAUUACCAGCCAUCACUCUCGACUUGGAUUUGCUGAAAUCCGUAGAAGAUGGACUUGCUGUGUUCCCAUCUGAAGAAGCCGAGAAGAUCAGAGCGCAGAUCGCGGAGCUCCGUGAAAAGAAGGAAUCAUCCGAUCAAGCUGAACAGAUUCUUGCGGAUCUCCACGCUUUCUCAGAAUUACCAGCCAUCACUAUCGACUUGGAUUUGCUGAAAUCCGUAGAAGAUGGACUUGCUGUGUUCCAAUCUGAAGAAGCCGAGAAGAUCAGAGCGCAGAUCGCGGAGCUCCGUGAAAAGAAGGAAGCAGCCGAUCAAGCUGAACAGAAGUUGAACAAUGCCAACGAUGCUGUCAAACGACUUGAUGACGCCCUCGACGAUGCUGAAAAGACUGCUGUCCCGAGCAACGUGACCGCUCUCAAUGAGUUCAAGGAUCGCAUCGCUCCACAUCUCGCCACCCUUCUCGAUGCUGUUCAAGAGGUUCCAGCAAGUGUUGAGCCAACUGCCGCCAAUCUACGUGACCGUGCCGCCAAAUUCGUCGCCGAUCUUGACAAGAACAUCCAGAAGACCGCCGACGAUGAGAAGCGUGCCGAAGAUCUGAAGAAUGACGUUGGAGCAGUUGUGGCGAGCGUUGAUGAGAUUGUGCCGAAAUACCAACAACCCCAACCACUCGACAUUGCCAAGGAGGACGCGAACAAGCUCAAGACUGCUAUCGAGAAGUUUAACAAGCUUGCCGAGUCUAGCGAUAAGAUCGAUCUACAAAUUGCCAAGGACAUCAAGGACUCCAAGACCAAGGCUAAGGAACUGCUUCAAGUUCUCGAGAAGGCCAUUCCACAAGAGGAGGCUGUUCGUCGCGAGCAAGCCGAGAUUGCUGAUCGUCUCAACAAUCUUGAGAAGGAUCUCACCAAGGUGGACGAAUUCAAACCGGAAGAUGGCCUUCCGCUCGUUGACCAACUCGCCGCCGACACCACCACGUUGAAGGCUGUCACUGAUUCGAACAACGAGAAGGCUCUGGCUCCAAGCCCGCUCAUCUCGCAUGACGACUUGGUUGUCGGACUUCCGGAGAAGGUCUUCCAACUUCAACAUGCCAUCGACGACAAGAAGCAGGCUUUGAACAAGGCAGCCGCUGUCAACGAGAUUGCUCCCAAGCUCCAACUUGUCUCUCAACAACUCCAAUCCGUCCCACAAGAGGUUCCAUCCUCGCUUGACGAACAAAAGAAACUUUUGGAGGACGUCGAGAACCAGAAGCACAACUUGGAGAACCUGCUUGCCAACCUUCCUGAAAAUGACCCAGCUGCUGAUGAGCUCAGACAGAAGAGUCAAUGGGAUUUGUCAAGACUCAAGGAUCUUCUGAAACAACUUGGAUCUGCUGUCGGAGACAAAUUGGCCGCUCUCGCCGCAUUCAAUGCUGCUCGCAAGAAUGCCGAAGACGCCCUCCUCGAUAUCACCAGCGAGGAUGGAAACGCCGACAACAAGUCGCCAGACGAGCUCAUUGACGAUCUUGCCAAGAAGGAGGAAACUGUUGCCAAGCUUCGCGAAACCGUCGCCGGAGUCAAGCCAGACGAGCUGGAUGAGAAGGAACGCGCCGAGUACAACGAUCUGCUUGCCAGACUCGCGACCGCGGCUGAUGUUCUCAAGGUAACGCAUUUUUUCAAACUUCUUUCUUUUCUGAAUAGUCAGUUCGUCUAAUCAAAAUUUGAUUUUGCAGAAGAAACGCGCCGAACUCGAGCAAUCCAUCAAGGCCAAGGCUGAUGAGAAAGCCCUGCACGACGCUGUUGACCGUGUCGUGUCUCGUCUUGUGCCACUCGUUCGCGAUGCCGAUGAGCUCCGUUACAACGCUGAAGCCGUGCCAACCCAGUAUGCGCCAAAGUCGGAAGAACUCAAGAAGGAGGUGGAAGUCGCGAAGGCAAUCAUUGCCGACAGUCCAUCUACUGACGCACAUGUGCAACAGCUUCAACAAGCGAUUGCAUCUGCAGAGGAGCUCAUUCCGGACCUCGACGAUCGUGCCCGUCUUUGGAACGAAUUCACUGUCGCUCGCAACGACAUUGAUGCGUUCAUCGAGCGACUCCAGCAAGGCUUGGAUGCUGUCACCGACAAGCCGAAGCGAUCCACCGAAGAGGCCGCUCAAGAUGUGGAAAAACCUCAAAAAGGCCGCCCCUCAACUGGACGAGCUUGACAACAAGAUUUCCAACUUGCAACGCAUCUCCGAACAACUUGAUCCACUCGAGAGUGCCUACGCAGAUGUCCGAUUCUUCGACGUCGACGCCGAGCAAACACGUCAUCAAUACGACGACGUUCUCAACGAUGUUGCCGCUGAGCUCGAAGAUGAGAGACUUCUCAAGGAGUCUGCCGAUCAGGUUGCCAAGGAAAUCGAUGACAUCAGCAAGAUGAUCGACUCCACCGAUCCGGAACGAUCCAUUCUUGAUACGAUCUCCAAGACCGACGUUCCUGCACUCAAGGCUCAAAUCAAUCGCAUCAAGGACAGAAUCGUGAACGCCGAUGCUUCUCGUAAGAACGUCGUCAUUGAUCCGAAGAUUGCUGACGAUUUGGACAAGAAGCUGGCCAAACUUGAAGGCGAACUCGACGAUGCCAUCAAGACCUCCAAUGAGCAUGAAAAGGAACAACUUGUUCUUGCGCUCAAGCUCACCAUUUCGCAGUUCGACCAGCUUCCAUUGGAUCAGCUCAACCCAGAUGAUUUGAAGACCGCCGAGAAGGAGAUCACCAACUCGCUGAAACCGGAAGAAGCCGAACCAUUGUUGGCCAAGAUCCAAGAGCUCAGAGAUGCCAAGAAGGCCGACGAUGAAGCUCGCGCAGCUGCUCACGACAAGCUUGCCGCUCUUGAGAAGGAAGCUGCUGAUGUCACCGCCCAGGAAUCGGCCAAGAAGAAGAAGAAGGACAAGAAGAAGAAUCCACAGGAGGUGAUUGACGAGAUCAGCGCCAAGGCUGCCGAAGCGAAGGCGCUCAUUCCGAAGAUUGAGGAAGCAGCCAAAGACGAACAUCUGCCAGCCGAUGACAAGACCAAGGCCGAACAACUUGUUGCCAAUCUCGAACAGUUUGUCAAGGAUCUGGACACUCAAGUCGCCGAGAAACAGGAUGAGCUUGACAAGUUGAACAAUGCCAACGAUGCUGUCAAACGACUUGAUGACGCCCUCGACGAUGCUGAAAAGACUGCUGUCCCGAGCAACGUGACCGCUCUCAAUGAGUUCAAGGAUCGCAUCGCUCCACAUCUCGCCACCCUUCUCGAUGCUGUUCAAGAGGUUCCAGCAAGUGUUGAGCCAACUGCCGCCAAUCUACGUGACCGUGCCGCCAAAUUCGUCGCCGAUCUUGACAAGAACAUCCAGAAGACCGCCGACGAUGAGAAGCGUGCCGAAGAUCUGAAGAAUGACGUUGGAGCAGUUGUGGCGAGCGUUGAUGAGAUUGUGCCGAAAUACCAACAACCCCAACCACUCGACAUUGCCAAGGAGGACGCGAACAAGCUCAAGACUGCUAUCGAGAAGUUUAACAAGCUUGCCGAGUCUAGCGAUAAGAUCGAUCUACAAAUUGCCAAGGACAUCAAGGACUCCAAGACCAAGGCUAAGGAACUGCUUCAAGUUCUCGAGAAGGCCAUUCCACAAGAGGAGGCUGUUCGUCGCGAGCAAGCCGAGAUUGCUGAUCGUCUCAACAAUCUUGAGAAGGAUCUCACCAAGGUGGACGAAUUCAAACCGGAAGAUGGCCUUCCGCUCGUUGACCAACUCGCCGCCGACACCACCACGUUGAAGGCUGUCACUGAUUCGAACAACGAGAAGGCUCUGGCUCCAAGCCCGCUCAUCUCGCAUGACGACUUGGUUGUCGGACUUCCGGAGAAGGUCUUCCAACUUCAACAUGCCAUCGACGACAAGAAGCAGGCUUUGAACAAGGCAGCCGCUGUCAACGAGAUUGCUCCCAAGCUCCAACUUGUCUCUCAACAACUCCAAUCCGUCCCACAAGAGGUUCCAUCCUCGCUUGACGAACAAAAGAAACUUUUGGAGGACGUCGAGAACCAGAAGCACAACUUGGAGAACCUGCUUGCCAACCUUCCUGAAAAUGACCCAGCUGCUGAUGAGCUCAGACAGAAGAGUCAAUGGGAUUUGUCAAGACUCAAGGAUCUUCUGAAACAACUUGGAUCUGCUGUCGGAGACAAAUUGGCCGCUCUCGCCGCAUUCAAUGCUGCUCGCAAGAAUGCCGAAGACGCCCUCCUCGAUAUCACCAGCGAGGAUGGAAACGCCGACAACAAGUCGCCAGACGAGCUCAUUGACGAUCUUGCCAAGAAGGAGGAAACUGUUGCCAAGCUUCGCGAAACCGUCGCCGGAGUCAAGCCAGACGAGCUGGAUGAGAAGGAACGCGCCGAGUACAACGAUCUGCUUGCCAGACUCGCGACCGCGGCUGAUGUUCUCAAGGUAACGCAUUUUUCAAACUUCUUUCUUUUCUGAAUAGUCAGUUCGUCUAAUCAAAAUUUGAUUUUGCAGAAGAAACGCGCCGAACUCGAGCAAUCCAUCAAGGCCAAGGCUGAUGAGAAAGCCCUGCACGACGCUGUUGACCGUGUCGUGUCUCGUCUUGUGCCACUCGUUCGCGAUGCCGAUGAGCUCCGUUACAACGCUGAAGCCGUGCCAACCCAGUAUGCGCCAAAGUCGGAAGAACUCAAGAAGGAGGUGGAAGUCGCGAAGGCAAUCAUUGCCGACAGUCCAUCUACUGACGCACAUGUGCAACAGCUUCAACAAGCGAUUGCAUCUGCAGAGGAGCUCAUUCCGGACCUCGACGAUCGUGCCCGUCUUUGGAACGAAUUCACUGUCGCUCGCAACGACAUUGAUGCGUUCAUCGAGCGACUCCAGCAAGGCUUGGAUGCUGUCACCGACAAGCCGAAGCGAUCCACCGAAGAGGCCGCUCAAGAUGUGGAAAAACCUCAAAAAGGCCGCCCCUCAACUGGACGAGCUUGACAACAAGAUUUCCAACUUGCAACGCAUCUCCGAACAACUUGAUCCACUCGAGAGUGCCUACGCAGAUGUCCGAUUCUUCGACGUCGACGCCGAGCAAACACGUCAUCAAUACGACGACGUUCUCAACGAUGUUGCCGCUGAGCUCGAAGAUGAGAGACUUCUCAAAGGAGUCUGCCGAUCAGGUUGCCAAGGAAAUCGAUGACAUCAGCAAGAUGAUCGACUCCACCGAUCCGGAACGAUCCAUUCUUGAUACGAUCUCCAAGACCGACGUUCCUGCACUCAAGGCUCAAAUCAAUCGCAUCAAGGACAGAAUCGUGAACGCCGAUGCUUCUCGUAAGAACGUCGUCAUUGAUCCGAAGAUUGCUGACGAUUUGGACAAGAAGCUGGCCAAACUUGAAGGCGAACUCGACGAUGCCAUCAAGACCUCCAAUGAGCAUGAAAAGGAACAACUUGUUCUUGCGCUCAAGCUCACCAUUUCGCAGUUCGACCAGCUUCCAUUGGAUCAGCUCAACCCAGAUGAUUUGAAGACCGCCGAGAAGGAGAUCACCAACUCGCUGAAACCGGAAGAAGCCGAACCAUUGUUGGCCAAGAUCCAAGAGCUCAGAGAUGCCAAGAAGGCCGACGAUGAAGCUCGCGCAGCUGCUCACGACAAGCUUGCCGCUCUUGAGAAGGAAGCUGCUGAUGUCACCGCCCAGGAAUCGGCCAAGAAGAAGAAGAAGGACAAGAAGAAGAAUCCACAGGAGGUGAUUGACGAGAUCAGCGCCAAGGCUGCCGAAGCGAAGGCGCUCAUUCCGAAGAUUGAGGAAGCAGCCAAAGACGAACAUCUGCCAGCCGAUGACAAGACCAAGGCCGAACAACUUGUUGCCAAUCUCGAACAGUUUGUCAAGGAUCUGGACACUCAAGUCGCCGAGAAACAGGAUGAGCUUGACAAGUUGAACAAUGCCAACGAUGCUGUCAAACGACUUGAUGACGCCCUCGACGAUGCUGAAAAGACUGCUGUCCCGAGCAACGUGACCGCUCUCAAUGAGUUCAAGGAUCGCAUCGCUCCACAUCUCGCCACCCUUCUCGAUGCUGUUCAAGAGGUUCCAGCAAGUGUUGAGCCAACUGCCGCCAAUCUACGUGACCGUGCCGCCAAAUUCGUCGCCGAUCUUGACAAGAACAUCCAGAAGACCGCCGACGAUGAGAAGCGUGCCGAAGAUCUGAAGAAUGACGUUGGAGCAGUUGUGGCGAGCGUUGAUGAGAUUGUGCCGAAAUACCAACAACCCCAACCACUCGACAUUGCCAAGGAGGACGCGAACAAGCUCAAGACUGCUAUCGAGAAGUUUAACAAGCUUGCCGAGUCUAGCGAUAAGAUCGAUCUACAAAUUGCCAAGGACAUCAAGGACUCCAAGACCAAGGCUAAGGAACUGCUUCAAGUUCUCGAGAAGGCCAUUCCACAAGAGGAGGCUGUUCGUCGCGAGCAAGCCGAGAUUGCUGAUCGUCUCAACAAUCUUGAGAAGGAUCUCACCAAGGUGGACGAAUUCAAACCGGAAGAUGGCCUUCCGCUCGUUGACCAACUCGCCGCCGACACCACCACGUUGAAGGCUGUCACUGAUUCGAACAACGAGAAGGCUCUGGCUCCAAGCCCGCUCAUCUCGCAUGACGACUUGGUUGUCGGACUUCCGGAGAAGGUCUUCCAACUUCAACAUGCCAUCGACGACAAGAAGCAGGCUUUGAACAAGGCAGCCGCUGUCAACGAGAUUGCUCCCAAGCUCCAACUUGUCUCUCAACAACUCCAAUCCGUCCCACAAGAGGUUCCAUCCUCGCUUGACGAACAAAAGAAACUUUUGGAGGACGUCGAGAACCAGAAGCACAACUUGGAGAACCUGCUUGCCAACCUUCCUGAAAAUGACCCAGCUGCUGAUGAGCUCAGACAGAAGAGUCAAUGGGAUUUGUCAAGACUCAAGGAUCUUCUGAAACAACUUGGAUCUGCUGUCGGAGACAAAUUGGCCGCUCUCGCCGCAUUCAAUGCUGCUCGCAAGAAUGCCGAAGACGCCCUCCUCGAUAUCACCAGCGAGGAUGGAAACGCCGACAACAAGUCGCCAGACGAGCUCAUUGACGAUCUUGCCAAGAAGGAGGAAACUGUUGCCAAGCUUCGCGAAACCGUCGCCGGAGUCAAGCCAGACGAGCUGGAUGAGAAGGAACGCGCCGAGUACAACGAUCUGCUUGCCAGACUCGCGACCGCGGCUGAUGUUCUCAAGGUAACGCAUUUUUCAAACUUCUUUCUUUUCUGAAUAGUCAGUUCGUCUAAUCAAAAUUUGAUUUUGCAGAAGAAACGCGCCGAACUCGAGCAAUCCAUCAAGGCCAAGGCUGAUGAGAAAGCCCUGCACGACGCUGUUGACCGUGUCGUGUCUCGUCUUGUGCCACUCGUUCGCGAUGCCGAUGAGCUCCGUUACAACGCUGAAGCCGUGCCAACCCAGUAUGCGCCAAAGUCGGAAGAACUCAAGAAGGAGGUGGAAGUCGCGAAGGCAAUCAUUGCCGACAGUCCAUCUACUGACGCACAUGUGCAACAGCUUCAACAAGCGAUUGCAUCUGCAGAGGAGCUCAUUCCGGACCUCGACGAUCGUGCCCGUCUUUGGAACGAAUUCACUGUCGCUCGCAACGACAUUGAUGCGUUCAUCGAGCGACUCCAGCAAGGCUUGGAUGCUGUCACCGACAAGCCGAAGCGAUCCACCGAAGAGGCCGCUCAAGAUGUGGAAAACCUCAAAAAGGCCGCCCCUCAACUGGACGAGCUUGACAACAAGAUUUCCAACUUGCAACGCAUCUCCGAACAACUUGAUCCACUCGAGAGUGCCUACGCAGAUGUCCGAUUCUUCGACGUCGACGCCGAGCAAACACGUCAUCAAUACGACGACGUUCUCAACGAUGUUGCCGCUGAGCUCGAAGAUGAGAGACUUCUCAAGGAGUCUGCCGAUCAGGUUGCCAAGGAAAUCGAUGACAUCAGCAAGAUGAUCGACUCCACCGAUCCGGAACGAUCCAUUCUUGAUACGAUCUCCAAGACCGACGUUCCUGCACUCAAGGCUCAAAUCAAUCGCAUCAAGGACAGAAUCGUGAACGCCGAUGCUUCUCGUAAGAACGUCGUCAUUGAUCCGAAGAUUGCUGACGAUUUGGACAAGAAGCUGGCCAAACUUGAAGGCGAACUCGACGAUGCCAUCAAGACCUCCAAUGAGCAUGAAAAGGAACAACUUGUUCUUGCGCUCAAGCUCACCAUUUCGCAGUUCGACCAGCUUCCAUUGGAUCAGCUCAACCCAGAUGAUUUGAAGACCGCCGAGAAGGAGAUCACCAACUCGCUGAAACCGGAAGAAGCCGAACCAUUGUUGGCCAAGAUCCAAGAGCUCAGAGAUGCCAAGAAGGCCGACGAUGAAGCUCGCGCAGCUGCUCACGACAAGCUUGCCGCUCUUGAGAAGGAAGCUGCUGAUGUCACCGCCCAGGAAUCGGCCAAGAAGAAGAAGAAGGACAAGAAGAAGAAUCCACAGGAGGUGAUUGACGAGAUCAGCGCCAAGGCUGCCGAAGCGAAGGCGCUCAUUCCGAAGAUUGAGGAAGCAGCCAAAGACGAACAUCUGCCAGCCGAUGACAAGACCAAGGCCGAACAACUUGUUGCCAAUCUCGAACAGUUUGUCAAGGAUCUGGACACUCAAGUCGCCGAGAAACAGGAUGAGCUUGACAAGUUGAACAAUGCCAACGAUGCUGUCAAACGACUUGAUGACGCCCUCGACGAUGCUGAAAAAGACUGCUGUCCCGAGCAACGUGACCGCUCUCAAUGAGUUCAAGGAUCGCAUCGCUCCACAUCUCGCCACCCUUCUCGAUGCUGUUCAAGAGGUUCCAGCAAGUGUUGAGCCAACUGCCGCCAAUCUACGUGACCGUGCCGCCAAAUUCGUCGCCGAUCUUGACAAGAACAUCCAGAAGACCGCCGACGAUGAGAAGCGUGCCGAAGAUCUGAAGAAUGACGUUGGAGCAGUUGUGGCGAGCGUUGAUGAGAUUGUGCCGAAAUACCAACAACCCCAACCACUCGACAUUGCCAAGGAGGACGCGAACAAGCUCAAGACUGCUAUCGAGAAGUUUAACAAGCUUGCCGAGUCUAGCGAUAAGAUCGAUCUACAAAUUGCCAAGGACAUCAAGGACUCCAAGACCAAGGCUAAGGAACUGCUUCAAGUUCUCGAGAAGGCCAUUCCACAAGAGGAGGCUGUUCGUCGCGAGCAAGCCGAGAUUGCUGAUCGUCUCAACAAUCUUGAGAAGGAUCUCACCAAGGUGGACGAAUUCAAACCGGAAGAUGGCCUUCCGCUCGUUGACCAACUCGCCGCCGACACCACCACGUUGAAGGCUGUCACUGAUUCGAACAACGAGAAGGCUCUGGCUCCAAGCCCGCUCAUCUCGCAUGACGACUUGGUUGUCGGACUUCCGGAGAAGGUCUUCCAACUUCAACAUGCCAUCGACGACAAGAAGCAGGCUUUGAACAAGGCAGCCGCUGUCAACGAGAUUGCUCCCAAGCUCCAACUUGUCUCUCAACAACUCCAAUCCGUCCCACAAGAGGUUCCAUCCUCGCUUGACGAACAAAAGAAACUUUUGGAGGACGUCGAGAACCAGAAGCACAACUUGGAGAACCUGCUUGCCAACCUUCCUGAAAAAUGACCCAGCUGCUGAUGAGCUCAGACAGAAGAGUCAAUGGGAUUUGUCAAGACUCAAGGAUCUUCUGAAACAACUUGGAUCUGCUGUCGGAGACAAAUUGGCCGCUCUCGCCGCAUUCAAUGCUGCUCGCAAGAAUGCCGAAGACGCCCUCCUCGAUAUCACCAGCGAGGAUGGAAACGCCGACAACAAGUCGCCAGACGAGCUCAUUGACGAUCUUGCCAAGAAGGAGGAAACUGUUGCCAAGCUUCGCGAAACCGUCGCCGGAGUCAAGCCAGACGAGCUGGAUGAGAAGGAACGCGCCGAGUACAACGAUCUGCUUGCCAGACUCGCGACCGCGGCUGAUGUUCUCAAGGUAACGCAUUUUUUCAAACUUCUUUCUUUUCUGAAUAGUCAGUUCGUCUAAUCAAAAAUUUGAUUUUUGCAGAAGAAACGCGCCGAACUCGAGCAAUCCAUCAAGGCCAAGGCUGAUGAGAAAGCCCUGCACGACGCUGUUGACCGUGUCGUGUCUCGUCUUGUGCCACUCGUUCGCGAUGCCGAUGAGCUCCGUUACAACGCUGAAGCCGUGCCAACCCAGUAUGCGCCAAAGUCGGAAGAACUCAAGAAGGAGGUGGAAGUCGCGAAGGCAAUCAUUGCCGACAGUCCAUCUACUGACGCACAUGUGCAACAGCUUCAACAAGCGAUUGCAUCUGCAGAGGAGCUCAUUCCGGACCUCGACGAUCGUGCCCGUCUUUGGAACGAAUUCACUGUCGCUCGCAACGACAUUGAUGCGUUCAUCGAGCGACUCCAGCAAGGCUUGGAUGCUGUCACCGACAAGCCGAAGCGAUCCACCGAAGAGGCCGCUCAAGAUGUGGAAAAACCUCAAAAAGGCCGCCCCUCAACUGGACGAGCUUGACAACAAGAUUUCCAACUUGCAACGCAUCUCCGAACAACUUGAUCCACUCGAGAGUGCCUACGCAGAUGUCCGAUUCUUCGACGUCGACGCCGAGCAAACACGUCAUCAAUACGACGACGUUCUCAACGAUGUUGCCGCUGAGCUCGAAGAUGAGAGACUUCUCAAGGAGUCUGCCGAUCAGGUUGCCAAGGAAAUCGAUGACAUCAGCAAGAUGAUCGACUCCACCGAUCCGGAACGAUCCAUUCUUGAUACGAUCUCCAAGACCGACGUUCCUGCACUCAAGGCUCAAAUCAAUCGCAUCAAGGACAGAAUCGUGAACGCCGAUGCUUCUCGUAAGAACGUCGUCAUUGAUCCGAAGAUUGCUGACGAUUUGGACAAGAAGCUGGCCAAACUUGAAGGCGAACUCGACGAUGCCAUCAAGACCUCAAUGAGCAUGAAAAGGAACAACUUGUUCUUGCGCUCAAGCUCACCAUUUCGCAGUUCGACCAGCUUCCAUUGGAUCAGCUCAGCAGAUGAUUUGAAGACCGCCGAGAAGGAGAUCACCAACUCGCUGAAACCGGAAGAAGCCGAACCAUUGUUGGCCAAGAUCCAAGAGCUCAGAGAUGCCAAGAAGGCCGACGAUGAAGCUCGCGCAGCUGCUCACGACAAAGCUUGCCGCUCUUGAGAAGGAAGCUGCUGAUGUCACCGCCCAGGAAUCGGCCAAGAAGAAGAAGAAGGACAAGAAGAAGAAUCCACAGGAGGUGAUUGACGAGAUCAGCGCCAAGGCUGCCGAAGCGAAGGCGCUCAUUCCGAAGAUUGAGGAAGCAGCCAAAGACGAACAUCUGCCAGCCGAUGACAAGACCAAGGCCGAACAACUUGUUGCCAAUCUCGAACAGUUUGUCAAGGAUCUGGACACUCAAGUCGCCGAGAAACAGGAUGAGCUUGACAAGUUGAACAAUGCCAACGAUGCUGUCAAACGACUUGAUGACGCCCUCGACGAUGCUGAAAAGACUGCUGUCCCGAGCAACGUGACCGCUCUCAAUGAGUUCAAGGAUCGCAUCGCUCCACAUCUCGCCACCCUUCUCGAUGCUGUUCAAGAGGUUCCAGCAAGUGUUGAGCCAACUGCCGCCAAUCUACGUGACCGUGCCGCCAAAUUCGUCGCCGAUCUUGACAAGAACAUCCAGAAGACCGCCGACGAUGAGAAGCGUGCCGAAGAUCUGAAGAAUGACGUUGGAGCAGUUGUGGCGAGCGUUGAUGAGAUUGUGCCGAAAUACCAACAACCCCAACCACUCGACAUUGCCAAGGAGGACGCGAACAAGCUCAAGACUGCUAUCGAGAAGUUUAACAAGCUUGCCGAGUCUAGCGAUAAGAUCGAUCUACAAAUUGCCAAGGACAUCAAGGACUCCAAGACCAAGGCUAAGGAACUGCUUCAAGUUCUCGAGAAGGCCAUUCCACAAGAGGAGGCUGUUCGUCGCGAGCAAGCCGAGAUUGCUGAUCGUCUCAACAAUCUUGAGAAGGAUCUCACCAAGGUGGACGAAUUCAAACCGGAAGAUGGCCUUCCGCUCGUUGACCAACUCGCCGCCGACACCACCACGUUGAAGGCUGUCACUGAUUCGAACAACGAGAAGGCUCUGGCUCCAAGCCCGCUCAUCUCGCAUGACGACUUGGUUGUCGGACUUCCGGAGAAGGUCUUCCAACUUCAACAUGCCAUCGACGACAAGAAGCAGGCUUUGAACAAGGCAGCCGCUGUCAACGAGAUUGCUCCCAAGCUCCAACUUGUCUCUCAACAACUCCAAUCCGUCCCACAAGAGGUUCCAUCCUCGCUUGACGAACAAAAGAAACUUUUGGAGGACGUCGAGAACCAGAAGCACAACUUGGAGAACCUGCUUGCCAACCUUCCUGAAAAUGACCCAGCUGCUGAUGAGCUCAGACAGAAGAGUCAAUGGGAUUUGUCAAGACUCAAGGAUCUUCUGAAACAACUUGGAUCUGCUGUCGGAGACAAAUUGGCCGCUCUCGCCGCAUUCAAUGCUGCUCGCAAGAAUGCCGAAGACGCCCUCCUCGAUAUCACCAGCGAGGAUGGAAACGCCGACAACAAGUCGCCAGACGAGCUCAUUGACGAUCUUGCCAAGAAGGAGGAAACUGUUGCCAAGCUUCGCGAAACCGUCGCCGGAGUCAAGCCAGACGAGCUGGAUGAGAAGGAACGCGCCGAGUACAACGAUCUGCUUGCCAGACUCGCGACCGCGGCUGAUGUUCUCAAGGUAACGCAUUUUUUCAAACUUCUUUCUUUUCUGAAUAGUCAGUUCGUCUAAUCAAAAUUUGAUUUUGCAGAAGAAACGCGCCGAACUCGAGCAAUCCAUCAAGGCCAAGGCUGAUGAGAAAGCCCUGCACGACGCUGUUGACCGUGUCGUGUCUCGUCUUGUGCCACUCGUUCGCGAUGCCGAUGAGCUCCGUUACAACGCUGAAGCCGUGCCAACCCAGUAUGCGCCAAAGUCGGAAGAACUCAAGAAGGAGGUGGAAGUCGCGAAGGCAAUCAUUGCCGACAGUCCAUCUACUGACGCACAUGUGCAACAGCUUCAACAAGCGAUUGCAUCUGCAGAGGAGCUCAUUCCGGACCUCGACGAUCGUGCCCGUCUUUGGAACGAAUUCACUGUCGCUCGCAACGACAUUGAUGCGUUCAUCGAGCGACUCCAGCAAGGCUUGGAUGCUGUCACCGACAAGCCGAAGCGAUCCACCGAAGAGGCCGCUCAAGAUGUGGAAAACCUCAAAAAGGCCGCCCCUCAACUGGACGAGCUUGACAACAAGAUUUCCAACUUGCAACGCAUCUCCGAACAACUUGAUCCACUCGAGAGUGCCUACGCAGAUGUCCGAUUCUUCGACGUCGACGCCGAGCAAACACGUCAUCAAUACGACGACGUUCUCAACGAUGUUGCCGCUGAGCUCGAAGAUGAGAGACUUCUCAAGGAGUCUGCCGAUCAGGUUGCCAAGGAAAUCGAUGACAUCAGCAAGAUGAUCGACUCCACCGAUCCGGAACGAUCCAUUCUUGAUACGAUCUCCAAGACCGACGUUCCUGCACUCAAGGCUCAAAUCAAUCGCAUCAAGGACAGAAUCGUGAACGCCGAUGCUUCUCGUAAGAACGUCGUCAUUGAUCCGAAGAUUGCUGACGAUUUGGACAAGAAGCUGGCCAAACUUGAAGGCGAACUCGACGAUGCCAUCAAGACCUCCAAUGAGCAUGAAAAGGAACAACUUGUUCUUGCGCUCAAGCUCACCAUUUCGCAGUUCGACCAGCUUCCAUUGGAUCAGCUCAACCCAGAUGAUUUGAAGACCGCCGAGAAGGAGAUCACCAACUCGCUGAAACCGGAAGAAGCCGAACCAUUGUUGGCCAAGAUCCAAGAGCUCAGAGAUGCCAAGAAGGCCGACGAUGAAGCUCGCGCAGCUGCUCACGACAAGCUUGCCGCUCUUGAGAAGGAAGCUGCUGAUGUCACCGCCCAGGAAUCGGCCAAGAAGAAGAAGAAGGACAAGAAGAAGAAUCCACAGGAGGUGAUUGACGAGAUCAGCGCCAAGGCUGCCGAAGCGAAGGCGCUCAUUCCGAAGAUUGAGGAAGCAGCCAAAGACGAACAUCUGCCAGCCGAUGACAAGACCAAGGCCGAACAACUUGUUGCCAAUCUCGAACAGUUUGUCAAGGAUCUGGACACUCAAGUCGCCGAGAAACAGGAUGAGCUUGACAAGUUGAACAAUGCCAACGAUGCUGUCAAACGACUUGAUGACGCCCUCGACGAUGCUGAAAAGACUGCUGUCCCGAGCAACGUGACCGCUCUCAAUGAGUUCAAGGAUCGCAUCGCUCCACAUCUCGCCACCCUUCUCGAUGCUGUUCAAGAGGUUCCAGCAAGUGUUGAGCCAACUGCCGCCAAUCUACGUGACCGUGCCGCCAAAUUCGUCGCCGAUCUUGACAAGAACAUCCAGAAGACCGCCGACGAUGAGAAGCGUGCCGAAGAUCUGAAGAAUGACGUUGGAGCAGUUGUGGCGAGCGUUGAUGAGAUUGUGCCGAAAUACCAACAACCCCAACCACUCGACAUUGCCAAGGAGGACGCGAACAAGCUCAAGACUGCUAUCGAGAAGUUUAACAAGCUUGCCGAGUCUAGCGAUAAGAUCGAUCUACAAAUUGCCAAGGACAUCAAGGACUCCAAGACCAAGGCUAAGGAACUGCUUCAAGUUCUCGAGAAGGCCAUUCCACAAGAGGAGGCUGUUCGUCGCGAGCAAGCCGAGAUUGCUGAUCGUCUCAACAAUCUUGAGAAGGAUCUCACCAAGGUGGACGAAUUCAAACCGGAAGAUGGCCUUCCGCUCGUUGACCAACUCGCCGCCGACACCACCACGUUGAAGGCUGUCACUGAUUCGAACAACGAGAAGGCUCUGGCUCCAAGCCCGCUCAUCUCGCAUGACGACUUGGUUGUCGGACUUCCGGAGAAGGUCUUCCAACUUCAACAUGCCAUCGACGACAAGAAGCAGGCUUUGAACAAGGCAGCCGCUGUCAACGAGAUUGCUCCCAAGCUCCAACUUGUCUCUCAACAACUCCAAUCCGUCCCACAAGAGGUUCCAUCCUCGCUUGACGAACAAAAGAAACUUUUGGAGGACGUCGAGAACCAGAAGCACAACUUGGAGAACCUGCUUGCCAACCUUCCUGAAAAAUGACCCAGCUGCUGAUGAGCUCAGACAGAAGAGUCAAUGGGAUUUGUCAAGACUCAAGGAUCUUCUGAAACAACUUGGAUCUGCUGUCGGAGACAAAUUGGCCGCUCUCGCCGCAUUCAAUGCUGCUCGCAAGAAUGCCGAAGACGCCCUCCUCGAUAUCACCAGCGAGGAUGGAAACGCCGACAACAAGUCGCCAGACGAGCUCAUUGACGAUCUUGCCAAGAAGGAGGAAACUGUUGCCAAGCUUCGCGAAACCGUCGCCGGAGUCAAGCCAGACGAGCUGGAUGAGAAGGAACGCGCCGAGUACAACGAUCUGCUUGCCAGACUCGCGACCGCGGCUGAUGUUCUCAAGGUAACGCAUUUUUUUCAAACUUCUUUCUUUUUCUGAAUAGUCAGUUCGUCUAAUCAAAAUUUGAUUUUGCAGAAGAAACGCGCCGAACUCGAGCAAUCCAUCAAGGCCAAGGCUGAUGAGAAAGCCCUGCACGACGCUGUUGACCGUGUCGUGUCUCGUCUUGUGCCACUCGUUCGCGAUGCCGAUGAGCUCCGUUACAACGCUGAAGCCGUGCCAACCCAGUAUGCGCCAAAGUCGGAAGAACUCAAGAAGGAGGUGGAAGUCGCGAAGGCAAUCAUUGCCGACAGUCCAUCUACUGACGCACAUGUGCAACAGCUUCAACAAGCGAUUGCAUCUGCAGAGGAGCUCAUUCCGGACCUCGACGAUCGUGCCCGUCUUUGGAACGAAUUCACUGUCGCUCGCAACGACAUUGAUGCGUUCAUCGAGCGACUCCAGCAAGGCUUGGAUGCUGUCACCGACAAGCCGAAGCGAUCCACCGAAGAGGCCGCUCAAGAUGUGGAAAAACCUCAAAAAGGCCGCCCCUCAACUGGACGAGCUUGACAACAAGAUUUCCAACUUGCAACGCAUCUCCGAACAACUUGAUCCACUCGAGAGUGCCUACGCAGAUGUCCGAUUCUUCGACGUCGACGCCGAGCAAACACGUCAUCAAUACGACGACGUUCUCAACGAUGUUGCCGCUGAGCUCGAAGAUGAGAGACUUCUCAAGGAGUCUGCCGAUCAGGUUGCCAAGGAAAUCGAUGACAUCAGCAAGAUGAUCGACUCCACCGAUCCGGAACGAUCCAUUCUUGAUACGAUCUCCAAGACCGACGUUCCUGCACUCAAGGCUCAAAUCAAUCGCAUCAAGGACAGAAUCGUGAACGCCGAUGCUUCUCGUAAGAACGUCGUCAUUGAUCCGAAGAUUGCUGACGAUUUGGACAAGAAGCUGGCCAAACUUGAAGGCGAACUCGACGAUGCCAUCAAGACCUCCAAUGAGCAUGAAAAGGAACAACUUGUUCUUGCGCUCAAGCUCACCAUUUCGCAGUUCGACCAGCUUCCAUUGGAUCAGCUCAACCCAGAUGAUUUGAAGACCGCCGAGAAGGAGAUCACCAACUCGCUGAAACCGGAAGAAGCCGAACCAUUGUUGGCCAAGAUCCAAGAGCUCAGAGAUGCCAAGAAGGCCGACGAUGAAGCUCGCGCAGCUGCUCACGACAAGCUUGCCGCUCUUGAGAAGGAAGCUGCUGAUGUCACCGCCCAGGAAUCGGCCAAGAAGAAGAAGAAGGACAAGAAGAAGAAUCCACAGGAGGUGAUUGACGAGAUCAGCGCCAAGGCUGCCGAAGCGAAGGCGCUCAUUCCGAAGAUUGAGGAAGCAGCCAAAGACGAACAUCUGCCAGCCGAUGACAAGACCAAGGCCGAACAACUUGUUGCCAAUCUCGAACAGUUUGUCAAGGAUCUGGACACUCAAGUCGCCGAGAAACAGGAUGAGCUUGACAAGUUGAACAAUGCCAACGAUGCUGUCAAACGACUUGAUGACGCCCUCGACGAUGCUGAAAAGACUGCUGUCCCGAGCAACGUGACCGCUCUCAAUGAGUUCAAGGAUCGCAUCGCUCCACAUCUCGCCACCCUUCUCGAUGCUGUUCAAGAGGUUCCAGCAAGUGUUGAGCCAACUGCCGCCAAUCUACGUGACCGUGCCGCCAAAUUCGUCGCCGAUCUUGACAAGAACAUCCAGAAGACCGCCGACGAUGAGAAGCGUGCCGAAGAUCUGAAGAAUGACGUUGGAGCAGUUGUGGCGAGCGUUGAUGAGAUUGUGCCGAAAUACCAACAACCCCAACCACUCGACAUUGCCAAGGAGGACGCGAACAAGCUCAAGACUGCUAUCGAGAAGUUUAACAAGCUUGCCGAGUCUAGCGAUAAGAUCGAUCUACAAAUUGCCAAGGACAUCAAGGACUCCAAGACCAAGGCUAAGGAACUGCUUCAAGUUCUCGAGAAGGCCAUUCCACAAGAGGAGGCUGUUCGUCGCGAGCAAGCCGAGAUUGCUGAUCGUCUCAACAAUCUUGAGAAGGAUCUCACCAAGGUGGACGAAUUCAAACCGGAAGAUGGCCUUCCGCUCGUUGACCAACUCGCCGCCGACACCACCACGUUGAAGGCUGUCACUGAUUCGAACAACGAGAAGGCUCUGGCUCCAAGCCCGCUCAUCUCGCAUGACGACUUGGUUGUCGGACUUCCGGAGAAGGUCUUCCAACUUCAACAUGCCAUCGACGACAAGAAGCAGGCUUUGAACAAGGCAGCCGCUGUCAACGAGAUUGCUCCCAAGCUCCAACUUGUCUCUCAACAACUCCAAUCCGUCCCACAAGAGGUUCCAUCCUCGCUUGACGAACAAAAGAAACUUUUGGAGGACGUCGAGAACCAGAAGCACAACUUGGAGAACCUGCUUGCCAACCUUCCUGAAAAUGACCCAGCUGCUGAUGAGCUCAGACAGAAGAGUCAAUGGGAUUUGUCAAGACUCAAGGAUCUUCUGAAACAACUUGGAUCUGCUGUCGGAGACAAAUUGGCCGCUCUCGCCGCAUUCAAUGCUGCUCGCAAGAAUGCCGAAGACGCCCUCCUCGAUAUCACCAGCGAGGAUGGAAACGCCGACAACAAGUCGCCAGACGAGCUCAUUGACGAUCUUGCCAAGAAGGAGGAAACUGUUGCCAAGCUUCGCGAAACCGUCGCCGGAGUCAAGCCAGACGAGCUGGAUGAGAAGGAACGCGCCGAGUACAACGAUCUGCUUGCCAGACUCGCGACCGCGGCUGAUGUUCUCAAGGUAACGCAUUUUUUCAAACUUCUUUCUUUUCUGAAUAGUCAGUUCGUCUAAUCAAAAUUUGAUUUUGCAGAAGAAACGCGCCGAACUCGAGCAAUCCAUCAAGGCCAAGGCUGAUGAGAAAGCCCUGCACGACGCUGUUGACCGUGUCGUGUCUCGUCUUGUGCCACUCGUUCGCGAUGCCGAUGAGCUCCGUUACAACGCUGAAGCCGUGCCAACCCAGUAUGCGCCAAAGUCGGAAGAACUCAAGAAGGAGGUGGAAGUCGCGAAGGCAAUCAUUGCCGACAGUCCAUCUACUGACGCACAUGUGCAACAGCUUCAACAAGCGAUUGCAUCUGCAGAGGAGCUCAUUCCGGACCUCGACGAUCGUGCCCGUCUUUGGAACGAAUUCACUGUCGCUCGCAACGACAUUGAUGCGUUCAUCGAGCGACUCCAGCAAGGCUUGGAUGCUGUCACCGACAAGCCGAAGCGAUCCACCGAAGAGGCCGCUCAAGAUGUGGAAAAACCUCAAAAAGGCCGCCCCUCAACUGGACGAGCUUGA